AUGCGCUGGUCACUAGCGCUUGCCCUCCUCGCUGGAGUGGCCUGGGCCGAAGAUUCCUCCACAUCUACUUCCUCAUCUUCAUCCUCUGAAUCCUCUGAUUCGACCACCACCUCCUCGUCCCUGGCCCUGAGCGAUGCGACCACGGUAACGGACGCCAGUGCCGCCGUACCUACGGGUAGUUACGAGGUUUACAGCACGACAAUCACCCUCGCCGACGGGGAUCAGCUCACCUCCACCAUCACUCAGAACUCCUCCGCGACGACAACCGGCAAUGGCACCGUCGUUACAACCACCCACAACUCCGUCACAGUCCUGGUCGGAGGUGCCGGGACCACCACCCUCGGCAAUUCUAGUAUGAAUGCAACUGCGACCACCUCAAGCACAUCGACGGCCGUGGCCACCAAUACCCGACCAUGCAACAGCUACGCCGAGUAUUGCGGGCGCAGUUACUCCAACAUCACCAUGGUUGCUGCGCACAACAGCCCGUUCGUGCGUAAGGGCAAUGCUGCCGCCAACCAGGAUUUCACUGUGAAAUACCAACUGGACGAUGGUGUUCGCAUGCUGCAAUUCCAGGUCCACAACCAGAAUGGUACGAUGGAACUUUGUCAUACCUCCUGCUCGAUGCUCGAUGUUGGUACCUUGGAGGCUUACCUCACCACGGUGACCGAGUGGAUCCGCAACAACCCAUACGAUGUCGUAACUCUCCUAAUGGGUAACUACGACUAUGUCUCGCCAAGCCACUUCGUGGACCCGAUUAAAUCAUCCGGUCUAUACGACUACGUCUACACACCGUCGAAGAUCCCAAUGGCCCUGGAUGACUGGCCGACUCUCUCCGAGAUGAUUAUCACUGGCAAGCGCGCUGUCAUCUUUAUGGAUUACCAGGCCAACCAAACCGCCUACCCGUGGCUGAUGGACGAGUUCUCCCAGAUCUGGGAAACCCCCUUCUCGCCCACCAGUCGGGCAUUCCCUUGCACUGCGCAGCGCCCACCCGGUAUUACUCAGGUACAGGCAAAGAACCGCAUGUACAUGGCCAACCACAACCUGAACAUCGAGUUGAAUCUCGGCUCCAUUGAUCUGCUUAUUCCCAACUCUGCUGUGCUCAAUGAGACCAACGCGGUUAGUGGCUAUGGUAGUCUGGGUAAGAUGGCAAGGAACUGCUCUGCCAAAUGGGACCGUCCCCCGAACUUCCUUCUUGUUGAUUACUACAACGACGGCAACUUCAAUGGCUCCGUUUUUGAGGUCGCCGCGGAGAUGAACAAUGUCACCUACAACAACCAGUCCUGCUGCGGAACCGCAUCUGCUGCCGUUCCUGGCAUGUCCGCUGUCACCGUCUCAACGAUGUUGCUGGUGGCAGCCGGUGUGCAGCUCUUCCUGUCCGUGGUUUGA